CGGCUCCGCAGUGCCGGGCCCGAGCUCCGCCGCCGCGCUCGGCCGGGGCCGCGCCGGGGCUGGGUGGCGGCGGCAGCUGCGGGAGGAGUCCCGCCUGGGCCCGGGGAACGUCCCUCCUGCUGCCCCCCGGCCCCGCAGCCCUCCCCCCCCCCCGGGGCCGGCAGCAGCCCCCCGGGGCGGCUGCACGAAGUUGCUGCCAUGCCCGCCGCCCGGUCCCGGUGCGCCGGCAGCGGCGGGGAGCCGGCUUCCGAGGGGGAUUGUGCUGCAGACAAUGCGCGGCGGCAUCUGGAGCAGCCCCGGGGACUGGAGCUCCGGUUUUGACAUUGCUGCACACACGGCACCAGCCGCAAUGACAGCGGCUGCCUGGAGCGGCUGCAGGCAGCAGGCAGGAGCAUGAAGUGAGGAGACCACUGCAGUGCUCAAGAUGAACUCCUCCUUGGUUGGCAACCAGAGUGGCCGGCCCUUCUGCCUCCUGGCCAUUAGUUAUCUGGAGACCAUCAAUUUUUGCCUCCUGGAAGUGGUCGUUAUCGUGUUCCUCAUGGUGCUGAUUAUUUCGGGCAACAUCAUUGUGAUAUUUGUCUUUCACUGUGCACCUCUGCUGAACCACCACACCACCAGUUACUUCAUACAGACCAUGGCGUAUGCUGACCUCCUGGUGGGCGUGAGCUGUCUGGUGCCUUCUUUGUCUCUGCUGCACUAUCCUAUUGUUUUAAGUGAGUCCUUGGUUUGCCAAAUCUUCGGUUACGUGGUGUCGGUGCUGAAGAGCGUCUCCAUGGCCUCUUUGGCAUGCAUUAGUAUUGACAGAUACAUCGCCAUCACAAAGCCGCUGACCUACAACACGCUGGUUACCCCGUGGAGACUGCGGAUCUGCAUCCUGAUAAUCUGGCUGUACUCCUGCCUCGUCUUCUUACCCUCCUUCCACUGGGGAAAGCCUGGAUAUCACGGGGAUGUGUUCCAGUGGUGUGCCAAUUCCUGGAACACCGAUCCCUAUUUCACUCUCUUCAUCGUGGUGAUGCUCUACGCCCCGGCUGCUUUCACCGUCUGCUUCACGUACUUCAACAUCUUCCGCAUCUGCCAGCAGCACACCAAGGAGAUCAACGAGAGGCGAGUGCGCUUCAGCUCUCAGGACGGGGAGACUGGGGAGGCCCAGCCCUGCCCGGACAAGCGCUACGCCAUGGUUCUUUUCCGUAUCACCAGUGUCUUCUACAUCCUCUGGCUGCCCUACAUCAUCUAUUUUCUGCUGGAGAGCUCCAAUGUCUAUAGUAACCGCGUUGCGUCCUUCUUGACCACUUGGCUUGCCAUUAGCAACAGUUUCUGCAACUGUGUCAUUUACAGUCUCUCCAACAGUGUCUUUCAGAAGGGGCUUAAGCGUCUCUCGGGGGCUAUUUGUGCCUCUUGUGCUAGACAGAGGGUGGCUAAGGACUCCUCUACCUCUAGGAGCAAAAGAUCUUCCAAUGGAUGUCAUGUCUAAGACACCUAUCAGCUUGACUGGGAAGUGCAGGGACUACUCUGUAAAUUGCAAAAAAUUAAAUAUGAUUUUAAGAUGUCCAGAUUUGCAAAAAGGUUUCUGAGAAAUGCUGCUGACAUAGAAGAAUCAGGAGCACAUAUCAUUGUGAUUUCACUUUUAAAAAAUUAUUGCUGUGGAGGCGGCCGUGGAGUUUCACCUCCAUGUUCAUUUUUAAGAAUAAAGCUGUAUCUUGACAGUUACCUCUCCAGCUGGUGUGACUGAAUGGAGUGGGUGUCUGAGAGCUUCAGCAAAAUGUAGUCUUUCUUACAGCUCUACUAGGUUCUUUGGAGAUUCGUGCUUCACAUGUAAAUGAUAGAUCUGAAGUGGAAAUGUCACGGUAUAUGGUGUAUUACAGGGAUUUUUUAAUAUAUGCCAAAGUAUAUCGACACAAUUUUCCAGCGUCGUAAGAGAAGGGGCCAAACAAUUUGUUUUUCAGUGCUACCUAGACAGGAUUUCUAGAACAGUAGUGAACAAUGUGAACAUUUCAGCAUGAACUUAAAGUCUUACUGAGCCAUGGGUGCAGCACCCUGGUCUGGGCAGUCGUACGCGUGGGGGGAGUGAUCCGGCUUCUGUGCCCCUUCCUCCGGUAGGCUGCCUGCGUGCGAUCAGCGUGGCAUCUGCAUUCUCCUAUUUGUUGUGAAGUAGGAAGAAAAACUUGGAUCAGACCAAAUCUAGCAGUUAAAUAAAAUGUGUUUUGAUAAGCUAAGAGAAAAUACUUGUCGUUUUAUGAUAGCAGAGUUGUGGCAGUCACUCGAGGAUGAUGCCAACAUGUGAAAAUUAUUCUCCAAACAGUGGAGAAAUGCCACAUUUUUGUGUGGAAAUUUUCUCAAGAACAACUUUAAAAAUAACAUCUCCCCCCUUUUUUUUUAAUCUAAAUUCUUCUGAUAUUUUACAUACUAGAACUUAAGGGGAAAGGAAAGAAAACAAUUGUCUUCUAAACAGCUAAGGGAACUAUGUUGUAAAUUUAACUGUAGUAUUUGAGUUAUUCAUAAGUGCACAGAGCUAAAUCAGAGACAUUUUUCUUUAGGCUGCAGGGGAUUAAAGAUGGUUCGAAUAUAGCAGGAGCUAAAUCCUGUUGGCAAACGCGUAUUUAACUGGUCAAACAACGUACGGUGUCUGAGAAACAAAGUCUCACUGACCACGGCUUUUUCCAAGCUAGCUCAGGUGAGGUGUUUUUGAACGUUGGAAUGCCGGGCGGCCCUCAACUCAUCGGAUUUUCUAAAGAAUCUCUCUGUCUCUCUACUGAUGCCAUAUUGGGAUAUGAAAGUAUUUGUGAACCACGUUUUCCUGUAAUAAUGGAUUACAUCUGCAUCACCUUUUGUAGCUCCAGCUCUGCAGCCCGGGGGGUCCCUGGCAGGCACAGCUCUGUUCUGCAGCUGGAGCUGCGCCCGCCCGCGGUCACCGCGUUGUGCUCCCGCCCUGUGCUCGACUGCUGUGACCCCGGGGAGUUCUUGGAGCUCCUGUGUUAGAGUUGCUGUUGGUGGACACUGUUAGCUAUACAGGGGAAGGGAAAAAAAUAGGGAAAAUUAAUUUCAGAGGAACGUUUUAGAAGCAGGGUAAUUCUUUUGGCCGAAGGGAAGACUGUAUAUUUGUUAAUUGGUUUCAGCUCUACAGUUGUCAUUGACUGAAAUGAUCUGCUUUAAAGUGGUCUACCCUGCCCCUCCCGCAAGCAUCUACAUACCCUGCUCUGAUGUGCUGCGUGCUCCGGCCCCUGGUCUUCCACGCUGUGCCUGGAGGAGGGCAGGGCACUGCCAGAGGGCACCAGGGCGCUCCUGGAGGGCACCAGGGCGCUCCCGGCGUGCCUGGUCCUGCUCAGCAGCAAGCGCUGAUGCACGAGUCCCCCACGAGCACGGUGCCUGGUCCCACUCCUGGGGAAAACCCCGGCUGCUGCUGCUGAGUUUGGGUUGAGAGCCACUGCUAUAAACUGUGUUUAAGUCACGUUGUGGUCUUCAUUCAGAGUAUUUCACCCAUCGCCCAAACCUCUCCGAAUAAGCUUCCUCCUUUGGUUAUCUGAAAUCUUAGGGAUGAAGGCUGUUUAAAUGCUGAUGCCUUCACGGCAUUACUUGUGCUCUUCUGUAUGAAGACAGUGUCUAGAGCGAGGGCGUUCGCCGUGGCCUUCCCGCAGACGUAGCAGAGGUGGUUCUUGCAGUUCUUGCAGUCUGACUUCUGCUUAGAGGCACCUGAAUAUGCCAGACAGCCGUGGGGGAGCAGAGCAUAACGGUGUAGUGAGUCACUUGUCAACGGUGUAAUAAGCUCCCGGCACACCAGCCGGCUAAUUGUUCCUAGUGUUGUGUAGGUAUUACGGCAUGGGGGGGGCAAUUCAAGGCCUUGAGUCACCAAUAUCAAAGCAAUUCUGCGUGGCGUUUUUGGGAACAGCAUCUCAGGUAAACUCCGCAGUAGCUUUUUCUCUGACUCUUCACCUGAGCUAGCAUUUCCAUGCCUCUGAAGUGAUGCAAUCUCGCAUUAAAUAACAUUUGAUUAAAUUUAAUAGAAGAAACUAAUCUGCUAGGGCCUGAAACCCUAAAAAUGGCAGUUCCAGGUUUAAGUGGGAGCUGGACUACAAAUAUUGUGGCUUUUAUUUCAGUUUUUGUGGCAUGAGUAAAAGAUUUAUGUAGGAGUAAUGUAUGUUACUUUUUGAGAAAGUUGGGAAGUUUAAAAUAAAUCAAGGGCUCUAAACGAUGGCAUGGGGAUUUAACUUGAGUUGAAGCAGUUGCUACUUCAGCUGUAAGCCUGGAGCUGUGCUCAGUGCAGUGGUUGUUAGGAUGUAGAUGUAUUUUUGCAGCUGUUGUUGCUUUGCAGCUAAAGUUCUAGUCAAUAUUCCUGACAGCUAGGCUUUUCUUUGGUUGCCAUGCUCAUCUCAAAGUCUUCAUCGGCUCAGGUGUUUUCUAUAAGAGGUGAAAAUCAGAACCUGGAAGUCUGAGAGAUGAAGGGCAGAGCUGCGGCUAGCUGAUGCGGUCAGGUUCUGUCUGGUAUGGCCAGAGGCACUUUUGAACGUUGCCUCAGUAGCCUCGUUUGUUUAAUUUCAGAUAUUUCUAGUUUUGUCUAUGUUAAUUUAUCUUUUUUUUUUUAAUUUCCCCUGUCAAUUAAUUUAAGGUUGGUUGAGUUCAGUAGGCGAGUAGGUGUUUUAAAUAUUCAUAACAUUUGGGCCUGUUGUCUUCAGUGAAACUGCACCGGGGUGGGUCUUGCUCACGGUGCCAGCUGUGGAAGAAAUCAGAAAUCAUUUUGAAACGUAUUACCGUGUUUGCUCGCAUUCCAUUUAACAUCCUUCGCCAUGGACUUAACGUGAGGCACUGUAUCCUUUUCAUCACAAUAUGUGCAAUGAAUUGUUAGGCAGCUAACUAACAGCCAGAUCGCUUUCAUCGUUGUACACAUGAAAGCAAUCCUUUCUUGGCUCGAUUUGUAUCCGAGGGUGCCUAGUGAUUUAAAAAUUGGUAUCAAGAGCAUUGCACAUAUGAAUGCCUCGAUGAAGAGAACAUAGUAAUCAAAUUCUAUCUUCAUAAAGAUGGCAUGUUGUAGUAUAGUUAAAUGAACUAAUCUUGAAAUUCCAUCUCAGACUCGACAUUUAUUUCUUGUUAGGGUUAGCUGCCUUAUUUCAAAUUAAGCUGCUAGAAGGUUCAGUUUACGGGAUGGAAUUCAGUGGCAUUUUUUUAGUAUCAUGGGAAAGGAUUUCUAUACGCACAACUUCUCAGUGUGAUUAAUUUGCUUCAUCUAGUACUCUUGAUUAAAAAAAAAGUUUACUGGGUGUUGUGGCAGUGAUGAUGAUGUCAUUUUCCAAAUAGGCUGGGAGAAAUCCUGUGAAGUAUUAAUUUUAUAAUCUUGAAUCAGGUGACAAUAUUUUUUAAUUUGUGUGAAGCAAAAGUUUUGUUGUUGUCUACCACUAGUUUUUAAUAUUAAAUAUUAAUGGUUUCUACAGUCGUUAUUUGCUGUUAGGGAUUUUUUUACUUUUUUUUUUUUUUUUUUAAGCUGCUUAUUACUCAGAAAUUUGUUUCUCCUAGUUGGAAUUCUGACGUGGCUCAGUGUCAGAGCGCCACAAUUUUGAGUAUUUGUCAUAAAUCUCCAAGGAGAAAGUGGUAUAAAGUACUGAGGCACAGAGAAUCUCAGGAGUAGUGCAAGGUUGCAUGAAGGGUCCUUCACAGAGCAAAGACUUGCAUGAGAAUUCCCAAAUUUCAGCCUUGCCCUGCAUCUCUGUGGCAGCACCCCUUUCCCCUUCACGUAAAGCUUUUACCUGUAAGAAGUCCUCAAUUUCAACAGCUUGUCUGUUCUG